GUGUAGCGGGUGCCCGUUCUCGCGAGGCGCUGGGGCCGGCGCGGAGGCGCGGGCCGGGCUGUGCCGGCAGGGCUGAGGAACUUGAUGUAAGAAGGCCCGGUGUGUGGGAGCCAUGGGUUUAUCUGCAUCCUCCCCAGCUGCUGCAGGUCAGUCGCCAGAUGCAUCCAGGCAGUACCAGACGGCGUCUCCACCUUCAGAAUGUCCCAUGCAUCAGGAAAAAAUGAGCGGUUGUCCAAUGCACAUGAAAACUGCUGAUCAGAGAACUGAGAACACAGAUGAUGUUCCUGCACAUCAAGAAAGAGCUUAUGAGUUUGUAGCAUGUCCUGUGAAGUCUGGUUCAUCUCAAGUGAAAGAUGACAUAGAUCCUAGCAAUAUGAUGCCUCCUCCUAAUCAGCAGCCAUCCCCAGGUCAACCAUUUCCGUUGUCAACUGUUAGAGAAGAAUCUUCUAUUCCUAGAGCACAUUCUGACAAGAAAUGGGUCUACCCUUCAGAGCAAAUGUUCUGGAAUGCUAUGCUAAGAAAAGGGUGGAGAUGGAAAGAUGACGACAUAACAAGUGAAGACAUGACCAACAUCAUUAAGAUUCACAACCAAAAUAAUGAACAAGCUUGGAAGGAGAUUUUGAAGUGGGAAGCUCUUCAUGCUGCGGAGUGUCCGUGUGGACCAUCACUGAUGCGGUUUGGAGGCAAAGCAAAGGAGUAUUCACCAAGAGCCAGAAUACGUUCAUGGAUGGGAUAUGAACUACCCUUUGACAGACAUGAUUGGAUUGUUGACCGGUGUGGAAAAGAAGUGCGCUACGUUAUUGAUUACUAUGAUGGCGGAGCAGUGGAUAAGAACUACCAGUUCACCAUCCUCGAUGUGCGCCCUGCGUUGGACUCUCUCUCCGCUGUGUGGGACAGAACAAAGGUAGCUUGGUGGCGCUGGACUUCAUAACUGCUCCUGUGGUGUGUAUUCAAAAAGUAACUACUUUCCUCCUAGACAAAGGAUAAGUGAAUACCAGGACUUGAAAUGGAAGUUCACUGCAGCUGUCGUUUUCAUGAUUACCACUGUUCUUUGGGAAUGGGAAGGGAGGACGGGGAAAUCUGUUGUUAAGCACACCAAUGCUUUGUGGUGUUUCAAAUGGAAUAAUAAAGUUAUAGUAGCAAAAACAUGUAUCUUAAUUUUCUUAAAAACUAGGGAACCUUUUUUACUUUGGCUCAGAUUGUGCAUAAGCUUGCCGCCUUUUCAUUUCCUGACUUCAGUGCUGCACCAGAUACAUUACAGUUCUGAUUCCGACUGAAGUUUUGAGUAUUACUUCAUUAGUGAAAACUGGAAAUUUCAUAAAUCACAUAGUUAACGUGUUUGGAUACCUCAAUGAUGAAUAAAGGGUAAAAGAUCUGGA